AUGUGGAAAAUUCAGUCAGUUGUACAUGAUAUAGAAGAGCAGUUACAGGUGGUUGGUCCAGAAGCUCCUCUUGUUGCUGUAACUGGUGAAGACUUGGUUCUGCCCUGUUUUAUCAAACCCAACACCAAUGCUUUGGAUAUGACAGUGGAAUGGUUAAGAGUAGAGCAAGGGGUUUUAUUAGUGCAUAACUAUAAGGAUCAUGAAGACCAAAAUGAAAAUCAGGCUCAGGCCUACAAAGGAAGAACAUCACUGUUCAAAGAGGAGCUGCAGAAAGGCAACGCUUCACUCAAACUCUCAGCUCUCCAAGUCUCUGAUGCAGGAGAAUAUAAGUGUCUUGUUGAGGACAAAUCCUGGUAUGAUGAUGUGACUGUUUAUGUGACUGUUGAGGUUCUGGGAAGCCACCCGGUGAUCACAGUGGAGAGUUAUGAUAACUCAGGAUGGAUUAAUCUUGUGUGUGAGUCCAGAGGAUGGAAUCCUGAACCUCAGGUUCAGUGGCUGGACAGAGAAGGAGUCAUUCUGACUGCUGAAGAUACACAGAUACACAGAGACACAGAGGGUUUCAGUUUGAAAAGCCACAUCACUGUUUUUGAUUAUAGUGACUCUAACAGGUUUUACUGCAGACUUCAACAAAAACAUCACAUGAUUGAGACACACAUUAUCAUUAAUAGUAAGAUCUUUCAUGCUUGGAAGAUGAUUGUCGGCAUUUCUGUUUUAGCAUUACUUUUUGCUGUUGGAUUGAUAUUAACUGCUGUUAUCUGCCACAAGAAAGGGCAUUCACAUGGAGAAAAACUACGCAGAGCUGCAGAGACUGAGAGUGAAAAAUGAGGUUUAAAUUCCCCUAUAUUGUGGCAAAGCAGAGUUUCUCUACAGGGAGAUUUUAUUAUGAGGUACAGGUCAAAGGGAAAACUGCAUGGACAUUAGGAGUGAUCAGAGAAAACAUUGACAGGAAGGCAUGGAUGACAGCGACUCCUCAGAAUGGAUUAUGGCUUGUGGAACUGAGGAAUGAGAAUAAGUUCAGGGCUUGUGCUGAUUCCUUUGUCCCCCUCACACUGAGAGAGAAGGUGGAAAAGGUGGGGGUGUUUGUGGACUAUGAGGAGGGUCUCAUAUCUAUUCUUUCACUGGUCAGUCUUUCAGUUCUGAGAAAAUCUUUACAUACUUUAGUCAACGUAAUAAUAUGCAAGAUAAAAAUUCAGCGCCACUGAUCAUCACUGCUGUUAAUGAAUAAAUAUCUGUUUUAUAUUCUAUAGCAUUUUAAAAGGUAUUUAAUGCUCACUUACAUUUAAA